AUGCCCAGCUCAUGUAAAGACAUACGAGCCGCGCUGGCGCAAUGCCUCCAGGAAUCCGAGUGCGUGAUGGUGCAGCGGCACUCGGCCGCUGAGUGUCUGCGCGAGCCACUCGUCCACACCCUCCCGCUCAAGUGCCAGCAGCUCAAGAAGGGCUUUGGCGAGUGUCGCCGCGGCAUGAUCGACAUGCGCAAGCGGUUUAGGGGCAACCAGCCCGUCGCCUUCCGCCAGCUCGAGCAGACCGAGAAGACAGGCGAGGGAUACCAGCUGUACGCGGGCAAGUCGGCCUUUGCGGGCACGCGCGGUGAAACAGACGGCAACGAGAAGGCGCCCCAGGACUGGAGGGAAGCCGAGAACGAGAAAUACAGGGCGGCCGCGGCUAGGUCGACGGAGGACACGUCGGCGAAGUCAUGA